AUGGCCUCCAACAUCCUCCGCAGACUCCAAGGAGGAAAUCUCGAAGUCUUCAAGUUCGGCAUGUACAUCAUCUUCCCCAUCGGAUGGAUGUAUUACUUCGGAACGAACCUCGACGACCGAUUCAGCGUCCCCGGAUUCUGGCCCACCACGGAACAAUCGCACAAGAUCCCUUUGGAGAGAGAUGAGAUCGACGCCGAGCUGUCGCGCAUGCGAACGGUCGACGCGGUGAAGCGGCAGAGACGCCAGGCACAGGCACAGGCCGAGGCGCAGGCGGCCUCUGCUGCUGCCAAUGCGCAGAACUCGGAAUAG